UCAUAACUCUACGCGGGCCAAUGUUCUGCUCUCCCCAAGAGCGCCCAGGCGGCCUCCAGCUCCAGCCCAGCCGAUGCCUCCCCCAUGGCGCCGCGAGGAAGCGAAUCCCCGCGCGCCCGCCGGGCCCUGACCGUCGCCGCUGCAGCCGCCACCGCCCUCCUCGCCCAGCUGCUCCUCUCCUUGCUCCCCCUGACCGGCGCCGCGGCAGGCUCGCCGUCCCCGGCCCCAGCCCCAGCCCCGGCCCCGGCGCCGCUCCACCUCCCGCCCCCGCCGCGCCAGCAGCAGCAGCAGCACGCCGCGCCCGGGAGCGGCGAGCCCCGCUCCCCGUUGCUGCCGGGACUCCCGGGCGCGCGCCGUCCCCCUCCUCGUGCGGGCUCUCCGGCCGAAAAGUCGGCGUGGCAGCGGCUCAACUUCGGCGAGAGGUUCGGGAUCGCGCUCACCGGCGUGGCCGUCGCAAUGCAGGUGGCGCUCGGCGCGUUCCUGUGCGCGCGCGCGCGGCAGCUGCGCCGUGCGGCGGCCGCGGGCAAGGCCGAGGAGCAGGAGCUGGCAGAGGCGGCCGCUGCGUCGUCGCCGACGGCCGCGUAACCGGCUGAGGCGCCCGCGGCGUUGUGUCUACUGUACAUCACUUGCUAGGUUCUUUGUGUCCACUGUACUGUCCGGCGGCGCCCGGCGGCUUCUGUACAGCUCGCCGUCCUUGCCCGGCGAGACACGUAAGUGUGCUGAGAUGUACAGGAAGAUGAACUGAGUUGUUUUUGUCCCGCAAACCUCCUCGUAGCUUCGAUUUUUUUUCUUUUUUUUUGGUGAGAGUGGUGGUGGAGACUGGAGAAUAUAUACCUACAAAUCUAAUGGCUGCUUGAAGUUUAGCAUCUUCUAUUCUCA